GACAACUUACUUCAAGAAGUGCACAAUGUCAGAACCCGGAAUUAAGUGGGCUUGCGAAUAUUGUACGUAUGAAAACUGGCCAUCUGCAAUCAAAUGUACCAUGUGUCGUGCCCAGAGGCCUAGUGGAACAAUUAUUACAGAAGAUCCAUUUAAAAGUGGUUCAAGUGACGUUGGUAGAGAUUGGGAUCCUUCCAGCACUGAAGGAGGAAGUAGUCCUUUGAUAUGUCCAGAUUCUAGUGCAAGACCAAGAGUUAAGUCUUCAUACAGUAUGGAAAAUGCAAAUAAAUGGUCAUGCCACAUGUGCACAUACUUGAACUGGCCAAGAGCAAUCAGAUGUACCCAGUGCUUAUCCCAGCGUAGAACCAGGAGUCCCACGGAAUCUCCUCAAUCCUCAGGAUCUGGCUCAAGACCAGUUGCUUUUUCUGUUGAUCCUUGUGAGGAAUACAAUGAUAGAAAUAAACUGAACACAAGGACCCAGCAUUGGACUUGUUCUGUUUGCACUUACGAAAACUGGGCCAAGGCUAAAAAAUGUGUUGUUUGUGAUCAUCCCAGACCUAAUAACAUUGAAGCAAUAGAGUUGGCAGAGACUGAAGAGGCUUCUUCAAUAAUAAAUGAGCAAGACAGAGCUCGAUGGAGAGGAAGCUGCAGUAGUGGUAAUAGCCAAAGAAGAUCACCUCCUACUACAAAACGAGACUCUGAAGUAAAAAUGGAUUUUCAGAGGAUUGAAUUUGCUGGUGCUGUUGGCAGCAAGGAGGAACUUGAAGUGGACUUCAAAAAACUAAAGCAAAUUAAAAACAGGAUGAAAAAGACUGAUUGGCUAUUCCUCAAUGCUUGUGUGGGGGUGGUGGAAGGUGAUUUAGCUGCCAUAGAAGCCUACAAGUCAUCAGGAGGAGAUAUUGCACGUCAGCUCACUGCAGAUGAAGUGCGCUUGCUGAACCGUCCUUCUGCCUUUGAUGUUGGCUAUACUCUGGUACACUUAGCUAUACGUUUUCAAAGACAGGAUAUGCUAGCAAUAUUGCUUACAGAGGUGUCCCAACAAGCAGCAAAGUGUAUUCCAGCAAUGGUGUGUCCUGAACUGACAGAACAAAUCCGGAGAGAAAUAGCUGCUUCUCUUCAUCAGAGAAAAGGGGAUUUUGCUUGCUAUUUUCUUACUGACCUUGUAACGUUUAGUUUGCCAGCAGAUAUUGAAGAUUUGCCCCCAACAGUCCAAGAAAAAUUAUUUGAUGAGGUGCUUGAUAGAGAUGUUCAAAAAGAGUUAGAAGAGGAAUCGCCAAUUAUAAACUGGUCCUUGGAGUUGGCUACACGUUUGGACAGCCGACUCUAUGCUCUUUGGAACCGGACUGCAGGGGACUGCUUACUUGACUCAGUACUACAAGCUACCUGGGGCAUUUAUGAUAAGGACUCGGUGCUUCGGAAAGCUCUGCAUGACAGCCUGCAUGACUGUUCUCAUUGGUUUUAUACACGCUGGAAAGAUUGGGAAUCCUGGUAUUCUCAGAGCUUUGGUUUACAUUUUUCCUUGAGAGAAGAGCAAUGGCAAGAAGACUGGGCAUUUAUACUCUCUCUUGCUAGUCAGCCUGGAGCAAGUUUGGAACAGACACACAUUUUUGUACUUGCACAUAUUCUUAGACGACCAAUUAUAGUUUAUGGAGUAAAGUAUUAUAAGAGUUUCCGGGGAGAAACUUUAGGAUAUACUCGUUUUCAAGGAGUUUAUCUGCCUUUGUUAUGGGAACAGAGUUUUUGUUGGAAAAGUCCUAUUGCUCUUGGCUAUACAAGGGGCCACUUCUCUGCUUUGGUUGCCAUGGAAAAUGAUGGCUAUGGUAACCGAGGUGCUGGUGCUAACCUGAACACAGAUGAUGAUGUCACCAUCACAUUUUUGCCUCUGGUUGACAGUGAAAGGAAAUUACUCCACGUGCAUUUUUUAUCUGCUCAGGAGCUAGGUAAUGAGGAACAGCAAGAGAAACUGCUCAGGGAAUGGCUGGAUUGCUGUGUGACUGAAGGGGGCGUUCUGGUUGCCAUGCAAAAAAGCUCUCGGCGGCGAAAUCACCCCCUGGUCACACAGAUGGUAGAAAAAUGGCUUGACCGAUACCGACAGAUCCGGCCUUGCACAUCCCUGUCUGAUGGAGAGGAAGAUGAAGAUGAUGAAGAUGAAUGAAACAGAUCAAGAAGACCAAGGCAUCAGCGCUGUGAUUUUCAAAAUUAGUGUGGUGCUCCAAGCAGAGUGUAGUGUGGAAUGAAACAAACCGGGCAGGAUUUGUUGAAAUAUUUUUUGGAUCCACACAAAGUGGGGAUAAUUUAUCUGCUGCAUGAGGAGACUGCGAACUUUGGUUGAACUAGUUUGUUAAAAACAAAACAAAACUAAUUUUAUUAAGACAACCUUUUUUCCUUUCAAAUUGUAAAUCUGUCUAUACAUGUAACGCAUGUGGUUGUGUAAGAAAUUGUGUAAUAGGACAAGUUGCACCAGCAUCUUCAUAUUAUUGAGAAGUUUUUUUGCAGCAUGGGCACUUACAAAAAGCACAUGGCAGACAACUCUUAUUCCUUGGAGAUAAUUCUCUUCAUUAGAACUUGGCAUUCUAUUUUCACCUUAAAAGAUCCAUUUUACAUUACGUCUCAGAUUUGGAAACUUUGUACAAAUUAUCCACAGUAAAACAAAAUAAACAAACUUUUAUUUUAAUUUAGUUCCUGUUGUGCCCUGUAAAAUAAAAUCAAACAAUUUAGGGAAAAAACUUCCAAGAAAAACUAAUAGUUUUUUAUUGAGUAAACUUCACAUAGGCUUUUUUUUUUGUCUUUCAGGUUUUCUGAUUUGCCCCCUUUUCAGUAUUUAGGUAUUUAUUUAUUUGUUUGUAAGAGUACCCUAAAAGGAGGGUUUUUACUCCAGACUCUGGGCAGUGGUCAUUUGUGUGUAUUUAUUCCCUGGAUGGAAAGGGAACAGGCUAGCUUGUCACUGAAUGGAUUGUGUGAAAUGUUUACUAGGAGUCCAUCCAAAAUGUUCUACUCCCAAAUUGCCAGGCAGAGGUGUUUGGAUUCUUCCUGUCUUUUAUCACACAGUACCUCUGCUCUAAGCAAAUGCUGUUAGAAGGGCAUGUCUUUGCUUGGGCUGAUUGGGAAUACCAGUUCAGUACAGAAUAAAGAUUUUUAAAAUGGAA